AUGUCCAAAGUCGCAUCCAACCAAUCGUCGUCCGCGUCCCUCAUGAACCACUGCACCAAUGACCUGGCCACAAGUGGCACAGACACCGAGAACACGAGCGAGAGUCAUGACAGCAGUCGCAGCAGCGACCAAGACAACGAUGGCGUUGCUGCGUCUUCAGUGACCGAUGAUACACGAAACAACGACGCACGGGCCACUGGUACGCGAGCCGUUGGUCCACGGAACUCUGGCACCGCAACAACGGUAGCAGCGGCCUGCAACGAGGAAGAGCAGCCACUGGAGGACCAUGCUGUCACAUGGCAAAGCUUUGGCAAGCUGAGGGUGAAGAUCAAGUACGAAGAGCCCAAGGAGAGGGCAGAGGGCGCUGGUGUGCUGGCCAUAUGUGUGCGUGAGCUGCGUGACCUGCUUGUUGGCUCCAGCGCUGCGCGCGGCCUCAAACUCGCGGUGCAAGUCGCGCUUAUGGAGCAAGACAUGGAGGUGGAAGGGACGCGCGUGUGCACGGUGACCAAACCCCAUCACAAGGCAGCCAUCAGCUUUGAAGAGCAUUUCGCCGUGUUCCUGCCCACCCCGUGCAGCAUCGCCCCUCACGACUACGCCGUGCGUGUCAUGGUGACAAGUCAGAAGCACGCCAGAGACUUCACCUUGCCUGCAAGCAUUCCAAAAUCUCCCGGCAUGCGCCGGCGCCGCACCCUGAAAGGGCCACGGCGCCACACGCAGCACAGUCAACACAGCCACCGGCAGCGCUCUCUGUCUUCGUCCUCCACCGCGCCUGCCUCACCCGGCCGCCGUUCAAGGAAAGGCAGCUGGUUUUCGCCAAAGAGGCGCAGGCACGCCCAGGGAACAUCGCUCGGAGAUGGUGACGUAUGCAUUGGUGGAUUCAGCAUUCCCUUGCGCGAGGCCAUGCAGAACGUCCAUGCCUGUGCUGGCGGCGCUUGGUACGACGUCCUUCCCACACAUGUGGCGUCCAUCACGUACACGCGUGUGCGACCGGAGACACGCGACUCAUCCGCACCGCUUCACAACCCAAAAUCGCGCAUCUCAACCCCACGCCGGCUCAUGCAGCGGCUGCGCGCCGCCAAUCUCAGCCACGAGCAGCUGGUGCUGAAGGCCAUCCAACAAGCAGACGCGUCGCCUUGCCGCGGUGCUCGGCCGAAACACAAAGGAAUUUGUCAUCUCUCCAAUCUCCGCAACAACGCACCGCUGCGCGCCGCCAAUCUCAGCCACGAGCAGCUGGUGCUGAAGGCCAUCCAACAAGCAGACGCGUCGCCUUGCCGCGGUGCUCGGCCGCAACACAAAGGAUUUGUCAACUCUCCAAUCCCGCGACGACGCAACCGUCUCAUCAGCAAACUUCGCCGACAGCAACAGCGACAGCCGGAGGAGGGGGGUGAGGCAGAGGCUUCUGUACCCAGUCAGUUAUUCGAGCAACAGCAACAGCAGAAGCGACAGCACGACGGGUUGGUGCGCAGCCAGCACCCCGUUCUGAACUUUGACGCUGAUGAUGACGAGACAGACGUGGAUGUGUUUGGCGACAGCACGACCACCAGCGGUCGCAGUUCCAAGAGCGAUAUUGACAGCGAGAAUAUGGCACCCGGAGUGACGAGCUACACCAGUAUCCAGGCAACGAGGAGCGCCAGACAUUACAGCGCGCCCACAAUCGGCUGCGAUGAAGACCAUCAUCGACAGCAGCAGCAGCGGCAGCGGCGGCACAAUUGGGGUAGAGCGAGCCUGCAGGUACAGUCGCAGCAGCAACGCCAAAGCGUACGUGCAGAUGGUGCUUCGUCCCCGUUUGCGCUUGAGAGGGCAGACGUCAUGCACCCGACAUCCGUGGAGGAGAAACUUCGCUCCAAGAUUUCGCACUUGCAGCGUCGCCUCCGCCACACAGACCUGGAAAACCACCUCCUUCGCAAGCAGGUGAAAGCUCAACUGCUGGUUGCCGAGACCACGAGCGUGCUCCGCAGCGAUAUGAUGAAGUUGAAGAGGCGCCUUGUCAAAGCAGAGGGCGAGCUUGAAGCGAAGGAGCAGCGGGAGCGCGAGUGCCGAGACAGGCUGCAAGACAUGCACGAGGAGAACAUGACGCUGCGCGGGCAAGUGGAACGGCUCACGGAGAAGCUGAUCAAGCACAAUCCUUCGGCCUACAUCCAAGCCAUGCAGUGCCCUCUCAGCCCCCACGUCACAACCGCCAACUUGCUCCCCAGCACUCACAUGCCAACCAGCAGCGGCAGCAGCAGCAGCGGCAGUCCCUCUCACCCAGGAGCAACAACCACACGCUCGCCUUCCCAAUCAUCCAUCACCAUUGCGCUGUAG